AUGGACGCAACAAUGAAUGACAUCAUAAUCAAACUAUACACAUAUAAAAAUUCCAAUGAAAAAUUAAUUUCUUACUCCAAAUCGAAACUUAAAGAAAAAUUUUACAAAAAAAUUGAUUUUUCAAAAUGCCAAUUUUGUGACAUUGAAAAUGAUAAAAACAUUAAUAUAUCUAGAUCUACAGAACGAGAUGUUUGUGUCAUGACUAACAUUGGGAAAUCAGCAGAACCAUAUUCCGCAAUCAGUUUGCGAAGUGUUGGAUUUAAAGGAAAAAUUUUCAUUUUUUCAGACAAAACAAUUUCAUCUAAAUUCGAAAAAUGUGGUAUUGAAUGGAUUCCAACUACAUUAUUUAGUAACAUUGGAUACGAGGUGAUGUAUUCUCGAUUCUUUAUCAUUAAAGAAUUUAUUGAAUUGUUUUAUGAAGAUAUUGAUCGAAUUCUUUAUUUUGAUUGGGGUGAUACACAUUUCCAAAGUGAUCCAUUUACAUUUGAUGAUAAAUCUCUUCAUGUUAGUGAUGAAAGAAUCAAAUUUGGUAAUGAAAUGAUCAAUGAUCUUUGGAUAUCAAAAAUAAAUUUCAUGAAAACAGAAUAUUUUGAAAACAAAAAUAUUAUUUGUGCUGGAUUAUUUCUUGGAGAUAAAGAUUCUGUUUAUAAAGCAGUUUCUGUCUUGUUUUCUGCAUGGAUUUAUAACGAGAAGCAACUGAAUGAUCAAAUAAUUUAUAAUGUUUUUGUUUAUAGUCAUAUUCCAAAAGAAAUUGACAUUAAUGUUGUUGUAGAUCCAAACUUGGCUUCAGUAGGAGCUGUGAUAUUUAAUGAAGCUAAUAUUUGGCGCAUUGAUAAACUCGGCUCUUUUAGUGAUUUAGUAACUGGUUUUAAGCCAGCUGUUAUUCAUCAAUAUAAUAGAAAUACAGAACUUACAAAAAUGUUUUCGUCUCAAUGUCAUUAUCAAAUUAAAAGACAUUAA